CCCCGGCUCCUCCCGCGGCGGUCGGUCCGGGGACGUUCUCCCCGCCGCGGGGGCGACUGUGAGCCCCCGGCGGAGGCCCGGGCGGGCCGGGUCACGACUCCGUGCUUGAGGACCCGGUGCUGGCGGACGUCACCCUGCCAGGUUCGGGGGUUCUGCAGACUCUAGCAUUGUAUCCUGUAAUGGGACUUCCUGUUGAGUGCUCCCCCACAUCCAACACCAAGGCCACUGAACGCCUCUUUACCAACAUGCCGCCGCCUCCGCUGUUUGCAGACCCGCCGGCUGUGUGACGAGCUUCCUCCACACCCUCCCUGGAUCCUGCAAUGAAUAAACUCUAGCUGUGGAAAGAACAGCAAACACAGGCCCGGUGGCAUCAGAGCCGAGUGAUGGAUGACCUGCGGUCCCAGAACCUCUCCAUGGACAUGACCGACUCCUCUCCAGCCUUGGCCAAUAACAGACUGGAGAAUGGCAUGGCCCAGCUGAUCACCACUGAAGCCUGGAACAUCAACUCCACUGACCUGGUAAAGAAGGCCCUGGUGACCGUGCCGGCCCCGUCCAUCCUGAACCCCCCGGCAGAGUCUCAGAGCGGCGUGGCUCUGAAGGUGGCGGCCACCGUGCUGCAACCCCUGUGCCUCGGGGAGAGCCCGGUGGUGAUGCCCAUUCACAUGCAGGUGGAGGGAAGCUCGGCGCCCGAGCUCAACCCAAAUGGCAAUGCCACCUAUGUCAUGACCACGCAGGGCCCCGUGCAGCUGCCCGUGGUGCUGGAGCAGCACGUCUUCCAGCACCUCAACUCCCCUCUGGUCCUGCCGCAGGAGGCCCCGUGCUCCUCCAGUGCCAUCCACAACAACCUGUUCCAGGGAGCCGAGGACCCCGAGGCCCCACCCCAGCUCCUGGACCUGCGGAUCCCCAGCCAGCCGCAGGAGCCCACGUUGCCAUUUGAAGCCGUGCUCCAGAAUUUGUUCCCCUCACAGGGUGCUCUCGGCCCCCCACCCUGUCAGCCUCCUCCUGGAUACACCCCGGUGCCCCCCCAGCCCUUUAACUCCCCGCUGUCCCCCCUGGUGCCCCCGGCCACCCUCUUGGUGCCCUACCCUGUGAUCGUGCCCUUGCCCGUGCCGGUCCCCAUCCCCAUCCCCAUCCCGGUGCCUCAGAGUCCUGAAUCCAAGCUCGGCUCCAGUUUCCCCAAGCCACCGUCUUCCUUUGGCCUGCACCCCUUUAAAGGCGGCCAGCCCCCCCUGGAGAAGGAGGAACUGAAGCCCUUCGAUCUCCUCCAACCGAGGGAGUACUUCCAGCUGAGCCGCCACACAGUCAUCAAGAUGGGCAGUGAGAACGAGGCCCUGGAUCUGUCCAUGAAGUCGGUGCCCUGGCUGAAGGCUGGCCAAGCCAGUCCCCCCGUCUGCCAGGAAGAUGCGGCCCUAGACCUGUCGCUGGCGGCCCACCGAAAAUCUGAGCCUCCCGUGGAGACCCUGUUCGACGGCAGCGGGUCAGUGGACCGCCCGGCUCACGGGGCGCUGGAGAAACUUCCCGGGGGCGGGGACGCGCCCUUUGCCCCUGCCACGGCCCCCGGGGCCUCGGCCACGGAGAGCCACGUGGGGGGCAGCAACCCCACCCAGCCGCCCGGCCAGCCCGGCGGGGACGUCAAGGCCGAAAAUCACCCUGACGUGGUGAGCGAGUCCCAGGCGGCCAAGGUGAUCGUCUCGGUGGAAGACGCCGUGCCCACCGUCUUCUGCGGCAAGAUCAAGGGCCUCUCGGGGGUGUCCACCAAAAACUUCUCCUUCAAAAGAGAAGACUCCGUGCUUCAGGGCUACGACAUCAACAGCCAAGGAGAAGAGCCCGUGGGCAGCACGGAGCCCCUUAGGAAACCCGUCAAAAACCGGAGCAUAAAGUUAAAGAAAGUGAACUCCCAGGAAAUACACAUGCUCCCGAUCAAAAAACAACGGCUGGCCACCUUUUUUCCAAGAAAGUAAAUAAUGGCUUUUUAAAAUUUUUAUGAUUAUAAUAUGGGGAAAGGUGCAUUGGUUUUAUAAAAAGGCAUUUAAGACAAAUUAUCUUUGUUAAUUAUUUGGGGGAGUAGUUGGGAAGCGGGAAGGCGAAUUGGCUCUAGAGGCCCUGUAAGCUAGGAUCGUUUUCUUUUUUAAUUUUUGACUUUUCACAAAUGAGUAAAUAAGAGCAACCUAUUUUUCAAGCAGAUUGCACAUUUUUUGCAGCUUUAAUGGAAUAUUGGGUGAAUCAGAGGGGUAAAAAAAAAAGCUAUUUUCAUUGCCACAAAGUGCUUUGAUGAUGUAAUACCUAAUAAAGGGUAGGAUGAAUAUUUCACAAUAAAUGUUUGU